GCCGCCAGGGCCCAGGCAAGACUUGCGCCCAUCCGCCUGCAGCAUCUGACGGCGCAGGCAGUCUUCAGCCAGUGGUCCGGACUCAUCGCACAGCUUCAUCAGGCGAGGUCGCUCGCUGCACUGGUGGAACACAGAAUGGCGCAAGCCAUCCUUCGGGGAACGUUUGGUGGUUGGCGCGACGUCCACGGCCGGAAUCCCUCCGCAGUCAUCCGGGCGAAGCAGCACAACUGGACCACGAGGCGUAGUCGCUGCUUGUCAAGAGUCCUCACCACGUCCCUGGACCGUGACGGGCAGGCUGUCGAUCGCCUCACCUGGACCACGGCAUUCACGCUUUGGGCGACGGAGGCAAGACGUGCCCGAGGCGAGCGCCUCGGCUCUGCCGAGAAGCUGGCGGACACCCUGGCAAUCACCGUGAUGCUCUGGCGUCAGGAUCAGUUCUACAGCAUCGUGUACCGCACGAUG